AUGCACGAAUCACAAGACUUUGCUUUGAGGAGAUAUUAAAAGCACGUGUUAGUAUAGAUAUGCAAUUACAACAAAAUGGUAAUGCAGAUAUACCUAAUGGAAUAAGCCAAUACGAUUUUCGUGCAACUUGUAAUAUUUUUAAAAUUUAUUGUAAUGCAAAAAAUUUUUACUUACCUUCACAUUUAGACAUAAUUUCUCAUUGUACUAGUCAGGACAUUCUAGCUCCAUUAUUUAGAUAUUACUUACCUGAUUUAUUUAAUGUAAAAAUAUCAUUUGACAUGCCGAUGCAAAUAAUUGAAGAUGAGGAUG